AAGUAUUUAUCAAAUAUCUAUAUUGUACAGAGAACUGUCAUAUACAUCAUCUUUGACCCCAACAACCCAGUUGAGAAUGAAGACAAAGACAAAUCAACUAAAAACAGAAGAUAAAAUUCAGAAAACAUUUAUUAAGUGCUUGGUAUUCACAAUUUUGUUAAUCCCUCCAUCCACCCAACAUUCAGUGAGCAUUACUAGGGCCCGGCACUGUGCUUAGGACCUGGAAAUCGAGCCACUUAAAUAUACAAGCUAGCUGGUGACAUGGAUAAAUAAGCCCAUUUAUAAAUAAGUUACCUGCCAGAGCAAUGUACAAAGUACAGCAACAAUUUGGAGAAAGGAGUUUUGACUGCUUCCAGGAAUACUGGGCAGGUACCACGGAGAAGAUGAGUUUGAGCUGCUUAUCUCGUUUUUUUUUUCUUUUAUUGUGACAUUUUACAACAUACACAAAAUACAGAGACUAGUACAAUGAAACUCCGCGUACCCACAACCCGCUUUAACCAUUAGUGACUCAUAGACACUUUUGAUUCAUCUACAUCCUCACCCGUUUCCCUCCAUCCCUUCAUUUUGUUUUGAAGCCAAUCUGAGACAUCCUUACCAUUUCAUCCAUAAAUGCUGAGCUGAGUUUGAAGAAGGAACUUAGAAAUGUCUAGACCUUCCACUAUUAACUUCCUUUUCCCCAUCCAUUCUGCCAGUGACUUUGCCAGAGUUAUAUACUCUGAUUCCUGCGGUGACUCCACAGCCUGAGCUGGUUCAGGGUAAAGACUCAAGGCUGUAUUGGACCCUUCCAGUUGGUUGAAGAAAAAGAUUGAACUGAUCCAGUGAAAACCCCCUCCUGCCUUAUCUGAAAUGCUGACCAUUCUUCAGGUCGUUGGUCCUAAUUGCUAAUUCUUCAGAAAAAUUGCUAAUUUUUUAGUAUAUGUGCUGCCGAAGCGAGCACAGAAAAAUUGCUAGUUCUUUAGAAGCUUCUUGAGGGUUGUACAAAUGAACUAAUGUUUGCACAAUCAGGUUGUACAAACAACCUAGUGUUUGAACAAAAUGGUGGCUACAUUCCACGCUCCCAUGAGCCCUUUACCUCCAGGGAAACCUCGACCAAAGGGGCUUGCCCUGACUGAGACCACCCAAAGUUGCUUCCUGUCACAACUCUGAUCUUCACCGGGUUGGGAAUCUAGUCACAUCUUAACAUCAGGUUCUCUACACACACCCUCAACCCCUCUGGCAUUUCCUAUCUGUCUGAAAAGUCCCAACAUCCACGCAGUUACUCAACCAGAACACUGUCCUGGACGCCCUCUCCCUCGGAAUUCUGUCUAUUCCUUUAAUGCCGCCCCUUAUUAUCCACGUCCAUCACAUCCUUCGAUUUAGGUCCCCGAGCCCUUCCUUCAAGUACUGCAACAUUUAAGCAUCUUUCCGCCUUUAGCACCACCCUCCUCAUUCUCCCCGCAGCUGGGUGAUCUUUAUAAAACACCCUGUUCAAAACCCUCUCAUUGUUCCUAACCCCUGCAGGAUCAAGACCAACCUCUUUACCACAGACAAGGCGGUUCUGCAAAAUAUAAGGCCUGUCAGUUACUUCUCCAGCUUCAUCUGCUACAUCUCCUCCGUAGCCGGCAACCAGAUGCUCUUUCUGAGGGCCCGCUUCCUCGGGGCUCUGUGCUCUUACCCGGGAAGCGCCUUUUCUCUCAUCAAUAAGAAAAGCUACACCCACCGCGCCCUUGCUUACACGCGUGAGCUCACAAGAGUCCACAACAACACGAAGAAGUCAUCACCUUCAUUUUGCAUAUGGAGAAAUUGAGGAUGGGCACCUUACCCAUGGCCACACAGCUACUGAGUGGAAGAGCCAAGGCUCGGAUUCAGACUCGCGGCGCCAGAGGCCCCGGGCUGAACCACUGAGUCCCAGGUACCUGCACAUCUUCCACCACCGCAGCAACGGUUCCUGGCGGCUGACAGACGCUCGCUGCGCCGGGACCACGACCUGCUGAUCCCGCAGAGGAACGAGGCUUCUGAUUGGCUGCCUCCGGCGACCACUGGCGAGGGGGAGGGCCCGAGGGCGCGGGGGCGUCGCGGAGAAAUGACGCAAUGCCGCGGCUCCUUAAAGGCGCAAGCCCCUUGCGCCGCCGAUGGCGCAGGCGCGUUCCGGGCACUCCCGCUUCUCCGAGCGCAGAGAGCCGGGCCGGACAGGCGCGCGCGCGCGCUGUGCAGACAGGGCGCGCGCCGGACGCGGGCAGCUCGAGGGGUCUGGCGGGGCGGCUGGGGCAGCUGAACCAGAGGGCUGACGAGCCGGCGCCGAGAUGGCCGAAGGCAGCGCUGUGUCCGACCCCCAGCAUGCCGCGCGUCUGCUGCGAGCGCUCAGCUCUUUCCGCGAGGAGUCCCGCUUUUGCGACGCGCACCUGGUCCUCGACGGGGAGGAGAUCCCCGUGCAGAAGAACAUCCUGGCGGCGGCCAGCCCAUACAUCAGGACAAAGUUAAACUAUAAUCCUCCAAAAGAUGAUGGAUCAACCUAUAAGAUUGAACUUGAAGGGAUAUCGGUAAUGGUUAUGAGAGAGAUCCUGGAUUACAUCUUCAGUGGGCAGAUCCGGCUGAACGAAGAUACAAUCCAAGAUGUUGUACAGGCAGCGGACCUGCUCCUUCUUACAGAUCUUAAAACUCUGUGCUGUGAGUUUUUGGAAGGCUGCAUCGCAGCCGAGAACUGCAUUGGCAUUCGCGACUUUGCCCUCCAUUACUGCCUGCACCACGUCCAUUACCUAGCCACGGAGUACCUGGAGACUCAUUUCCGAGACGUCAGCAGCACAGAAGAAUUCUUAGAACUCAGUCCUCAGAAGCUUAAAGAAGUGAUUUCUCUCGAGAAGUUAAAUGUCGGCAACGAAAGAUACGUGUUUGAAGCAGUAAUUCGCUGGAUAGCACAUGAUACAGAACUAAGAAAGGUCCACAUGAAGGACGUGAUGUCAGCACUGUGGGUUUCAGGGUUAGACUCCAGCUACUUACGGGAACAGAUGCUCAAUGAACCGUUAGUACGAGAAAUUGUCAGAGAGUGCAACAACAUACCGCUGAGCCAGCCACAGCAAGGGGAGGCCAUGCUCGCGAACUUCAAGCCCCGGGGCUACUCGGAGUGCAUUGUGACUGUUGGCGGAGAAGAAAGAGUUUCACGGAAACCAACAGCAGCGAUGCGAUGUAUGUGCCCUCUUUAUGACCCUAAUAGGCAGCUUUGGAUUGAACUGGCCCCUUUAAGCAUGCCAAGAAUUAACCACGGAGUUCUCUCAGCAGAGGGAUUCUUGUUCGUGUUUGGGGGCCAAGAUGAAAAUAAGCAGACCCUGAGCUCAGGAGAAAAAUACGACCCAGAUGCAAACACAUGGACGGCAUUGCCACCAAUGAAUGAGCCACGACAUAAUUUUGGAAUUGUGGAGAUAGAUGGAAUGCUGUACAUUUUAGGAGGAGAGGAUGGUGAAAAAGAGCUAAUUUCCAUGGAGUGUUAUGACAUUUAUUCUAAAACCUGGACGAAGCAACCUGACUUGACCAUGGUUAGAAAGAUCGGCUGCUAUGCAGCCAUGAAAAAGAAAAUCUAUGCCAUGGGGGGAGGAUCGUACGGGAAACUCUUCGAAUCUGUGGAGUGUUACGACCCAAGGACCCAGCAGUGGACCGCUAUCUGUCCGCUAAAGGAGAGAAGAUUUGGAGCCGUGGCCUGUGGCGUGGCCAUGGAGCUGUACGUGUUUGGGGGAGUCCGAAGUCGUGAGGACAUCCAGGGGAGUGAGAUGGUCACUUGCAAGUCUGAAUUCUACCACGACGAGUUUAAAAGGUGGAUCUAUCUUAACGACCAGAACUUAUGCAUCCCCGCCAGUUCCUCUUUUGUUUAUGGAGCUGUACCCAUAGGAGCCAGUAUUUAUGUUAUCGGAGAUCUUGAUACAGGUACCAAUUACGACUACGUGCGUGAGUUUAAAAGAAGCACAGGAACCUGGCACCACACGAAACCACUCCUUCCGUCUGACCUUCGCCGCACCGGGUGUGCAGCCUUACGCAUUGCAAACUGCAAGCUUUUCCGCCUGCAGCUCCAGCAGGGCUUAUUCCGUAUCCGUGUUCAUUCACCUUGAAGAGGAGGCAGAGCAGAAGCAGAGCUCCUGACCAAGCACACCAUAACACGGCUUUCUGUGAGGGGAACAGAGGUGGCAGCCGAAAAUUGCUCUGUGUGCCCGGCUUUGUAUGGUAACUCUGGUGGUCUUACUGUAAUGCUUAGAAGCCUGAGCUCCAGCUCUUGUUUGGGAGAACCUGUAACUGUUGAAAGGGAGGAAUCCGUUCCUCCAGGGAGAUGUGUCUGCAGACAGACGGAGGCUAGUCCAUGUCAAAGGGGGAAGGGAGGUGGGAAUCGGUAUCAUGUAAAAUAUUGAAGUUAAAAUCUUAAGGUGCAUCUUCCCUGAAGGGAAUGCAUGUCUGAGUGACUGCUGUGUUCAAGUACCUGGCUUUGGUCAACAAACAAAAAUCCGUAUAUGCAAAUCCACAUAUCCAGACAUACCAAGAUUGCUUUUCUGCUACACUUGGAAGGAAAUAUCAUGCCCAACCCUGCCCGACAAAUAAGGUUUGUGCCGAACAUGUUAGAUUGGACUGUAUGCCAGUUAGUGUCCAUUUGCUACUAGUACUGUGUCUGAAGAAUCUUUUUUAAACUAUAUUAUCAUGAAUUGAAACUAAGAUAAAAUUUCUCUUUUAUGACAUUCUAUCUUAGUCAUCUAAAGGUUCAAUAAAUCCCUGAGUCGGGUUGCAGCCCUCGUGUGAGUUGAAGGGAAGUUGCUAACUUCUGUGUUGAUUCAGAUACAUCAUGCCAUGAUUUCUGGGGUUGUGAAGGCUCUCAUGCGGUGCCAUUCCUCCUUGCAAAUAAUCAGAACCAUUUUAUAAACACGAGGUUAUGAAGCAGAGUAGAUUUUCUAGAAGACCUACGUCAGACAAAUCAUAAAGGUCUGCCAUGACUACAAAAACUGUCCAGACAAAAUAUUAUAUAGGGAUCAAAAAUUUCCUUCUGUCCGAAAGCACACAAAGUCUUGUUUACUACCAUUAAGGAUUGAAAACUUGUCUUAGAACGCGCACCUGCGUUAAGGAUCUAGUCUUUGUAGCAGAAUUUUCUCAAUGCCGUUCACUAGCAAGAGUUUUAGACAAAUUAAGUUAUAAGUAAAGUUUGGCUGGUAGAAUAAACUACCUCAACUUAAUUUCAUUCUGUUCAUAGUAGAGCAAAUUCACUUCUUCCUCCACCUUCCACCCCUCUCCCACACUCCCAUGUCACCCCACGCUACCCCACUUCCUGUUGGGGGUAAAAGUUUGUCAUUAGUAGCACUUAUCGUGUGAGAUACUUUGUUUUCCAUUCAAAUUAUGCCACCUUAAUGUGCAAUCAGGGACUUCACAGUGCUUGAUGAUGUCAUAAUUUGAAUUUUAUGCAAUAUCAGAUUUCUAAUCAAUUUAAUACAGAGCUCUUCAUUUCUAAUUGUUUUCUACAGCUUUUUUUUUUUUUUCCCCUCUUGGUAAAUGGCUGUAAGAAGCAGUAUUUUGUCUUAAUGAUUAAUAAAUGUAUAAAUGUAUCCUUUGGUUAUAAAUUUGAGAAUAGGAGUUUCUUGUGGAAACUUCCUAGAUGGAAUGCUUUAUGCUGUUAACAAUAUGCCUAUGAAACAUCGCUUAUGUUUCCCCACCCAUGAACAGAAGAAAGGGUAACCCCCUAUCUACAGUUUUUAUUCCUAUACCUAUUAGGAGUCAGUGCAAUGCUAUAAAAGCUGCUGGAAGAAGCCUUGCCUGUGGGGGUUCUAAAGAACAUUGUGUGUGGCAGAAGAUCCUGGUAAAAGAAGGCGGGUGGUGUUUAUCUUCUGUAUCAGAGGCACUGGGCCAGAUUUGCCACACAUUCACGUAUACAGCAAAGCUGACCUUUUUUCCUGUGUAUUGUGUGUACCAGUCAGCUAUAGUCUGCACACUUUCCCAGUGAUGCCUGGGCUACCUUUUUAUCAAAGCAAGCCACGUGGCUACUACAGAAAAAGCAAACUUCUUUUUCCAAUUAGAUAUUCAUUUUUUAGGGGAAACAAAUAGCUGAAAAAGUGAAUUUUCUUUGGUAACAUGCCCUGUACCGAACAGAACCUUGGCCUUCAGAAGUUGCAGCUGAGGUACAUUAAAGUAGUGACUGAUGCCCUAUGAAAGACAUGACACUCAGCAACUCUCUCUCUUUAAUUUUUGAAGUUUAAAAUUCUUCCCAGUCUACGCCAGGCCUCUCCAAGGAGACAAUUCAUUGUUUAGGAGUGAAUGGUUCCCUAUUGCAAUAUUUUCAGUGCCUGCAUGACUUGGUAAAUUCAUUUUAUAAAAACACUUAUUUUUUUAGUUUUUUAUUCAGUUCAUUGACACGGUAGCUACAGAAAUUAGGUAAUAUUUUUUAAAAUAAAUUUGCCACAUAAUAUGGGAUGCUAUAACCAACAGAAGCUGCUAAGUGCCAAGCUGUUAUUUUCCUAUAUAUAAUAUAUAUAUAUUAAAAUAUUAUGUCAAAGUGUAGGAAUAUAUUUAAUUUUAUUAUGUUCCAAAAUUAUUUUUUUUUUGUAAAUGACACUUCAGUAUUGUGAAAUAAAUUUUAACUCAUGCAGGUUUGUUUUAACAUUCCGCUUAUGCUUGAAACAUCUUUUCUUGAUAAAUUUUUAAUACUUCUUUUUCAUAAGGCACUUUUACCAGGCGUAGGUUGGAAUUCGCAGUUGAGGGUAGAUCUUAAAAUUUUAAAUAAAAUACCUUUGGGGGAAGUGCAAUGUAUUUUCAUUAUCCCACCAACAGAAGGAAAGUUGUCUCAGGUUAGUCAGUGAAUAUUUAAAGGAUCUCUCCUAGGCUACAGUCUAAAGUAGGCUUGUUUGUUUGUUUGUUUGUUUAAUGCAUCCAAAUAGAGAGUUUUCGAAGAGGUAAGUGUUUAAUUUAAAACGAAGUGUUUUUUGUGAGUGUGUGAGGGUGCUUGUAUCCUGCCGGAGGGAAAAGCGUGAGAGGGAGAGAGAAUGUGUGUGAUGUAACUUGGUAAGUGUGUUUAUAUAUGUUUACUUUUUCAAUUGUAGUUCGAGACUACAUAUUUUACUGUUUCCUGGUGCUUCAGAUAAAUUCCUGAGCCCGUGGCCCUUCAGUUUAUACUACUGUGUUAAACUCAUGUUGGGUGUAACUAUUCACAGAGUUGUAGUUGGUGGUAAGUUUUACUUGGUGUUUGCAUUUCUUUAGUGGGAUUAAGAACAGUGUUUGCCAACUAAUAUAGUCGCUGGGCUAUAAAGAUGUGGCCUAAGAAAUUUUUAAAUUCAUUGUUUAUUUCAUCAGUUCUUUAUUUUCAUUGCUGUGAGGAACUGAUAGCUAAUGGUAGGCGUUCCUCAGACUGCGACAGCCAAAGACAAGUGUCUGGACGAUGAUGGAUGGUAUACUCUUUGUUCUGAAGUGUCUGGUUAUGUUGCCGCUUCAAUGAGGCUUUGACAGUGCCGUUUACAGGAAGCACAUCCUUACAUUGACCUGGUAGCGUUAGGGCUGUGUUUGCCGUGACGCCUCAUUCCUCAUGGUAGUAAGUUAGGUUUUCAGACAAAUUCUUUAGCUGCCUUGAUCCAUUGGGGUUCCAUCUGGUGCAUUCCUACUUCAGUGUACCAAACCAAAAAGAUUUCCAAGGAGUGCUAAAAACACUGCAGUAUUACCUUCUUGCUGGCCUGCUUGAUUCCAGAGGGGCCUCCUGUGGUCAGAUGAGGACAAUUGAUUAUCUGGGGAAAGAAUGAGGUGGCACUUGGCAUGGAUUUAAAAGGCGCUGGAACCCCCUUAAAAAGCACCUGGUUUGUUGGGGGGAGGGUAAGACUGCCUUGUUCUGUGGCUGCCCGUCAUGUCCGUGAGCCUUUGUGGAGCCAGGGAGAGAGGAGACUCCGAUUAGUGCAGAAAAGCUGCCCUGGGUUUAAUCAGCAAACGCUUCUAGAGCACCCACCAAGAAUUCUGUUUGGAUUUCUGGGGAGCUGUCAUGCUGCCCUCCCUCUAGAUCAUAAACUUCUUGUGGGCAGGCAGCGACCCUGUCUUUGCCCAUCUGCUAAUCCCAGUGCUUGGCAUAUAGCAGGUAGUCAGUAAAUGGUUGGCCACUGCAUACAGUACCCUUGUAGUCAAAGCGAUGUUCGUCACAGGAUUGAGAAGUCCUCUCCAUGAGCAACUUAUUUUGCUGUAUUUUAAAUGAGAAACUUUAGGCACAGAUGGGCUGGCCUUAUAGAGUGAGAAACUAGUACAGAAUAAAAAAUGCAGAGUGCCUGACAUAUGGACGCAGACCUCUGUGGUGUCCAUAUGUUCUAUAGGAUUUCAGGCACCCUAUCUUCAGCACACCUAAUGCCGUUUAUCACGUUUAAUGUUGGGCUUUAUUUAUUGUUUUUUAUGUGUGGCUCCCAGCCUUUUCCAGAACAUACUGCUUUGAUCCUCACGUCUCUGUGAUGGGUGCAGUGCCCCGCCCCCGCCGCCGCCCUUGGACAGAGAGCAGUCUCUGAGGCGCAGUAGAUGGGGCCUUGUUCCCCACCUCAUAUGUGAGUAGAAACCAGAAGCAGAAUCCGGGUCUUUGUAUUAUCAUUUCACUGUUCAGCCUUUGAGACUCCCACUUAAUUUUCUAGGCACACAAGUAUUUUUAGUCAUAAAAUAAUUAUUUGUGGUACAACUUAAGCCCCCACACAUGUCCUUCACAAGUUACAAAGAUAUAAGCUGAAAGAUCUUUGGUUUCCUUUGUCAGUUAGCUAGAGGAAAUUUAAGGAUUUAUUAAUGUCGUAAGAACAGAAGUACUGUUUGUGUUGACAGAAAAGCACUUUUUCCUUUUAAAGAUCUGAAGCGUCAUUUUUACUGUUUUUCUUACCCCGUCUAGUCAGUAAGGCAGAAGAAAUUGUGUCUUAGAAUGCUGGAGUAAGUCUUUUGCUAACUUUCUAAUAACCCCUGAAGUACUCUUUCUAGCCAGUUCAGAAAUUAUAGAAAUGUAUCAAGGUGAGGGAUGGCCGACUUGCCUAUGUGGGAGAAGCACAUGCGAUCAGGUUGAGGCUUCGCUGCCUGCUGGCGGUGAAGUCCGUAGUAUGGAAAUAGAGACUUCUGCUAUUUUUUUGGCAAGCCAACUGGUAAAACUUUUAAAAUUUUUGUAUUUUUCAGAAGGGAUUCUAUUUUUAAUGUUAAAUAUAUCUCAGCUUUGUCUCACGGCAGUCCUUGUGUUUAUGUGACAUCUGAGGAGCUCACUUAUGCCUCUGUGUUCUUUGGUCUGCGUGCUCACGGUUGGGGAAGGUUUGUUCACUUUCCGUUCUGUCCCUGACAUUCUCUAAGUGAUUGGGUCUUUAAACUUCUCCCCUUCCUCAUCACGUAUCUGAUAAAUAAAACAGCCUUCCAUAAUUACCUAGGGGGAAAUACCUGUCGCCUUCUCUCCCUCUCUUUCUUUCUUUCUUUUUUUUUGAGAUAAAAACUAAUACUUUAAAAUUGCUGCUCAGCCGGAAUGUAGGCUAAUUAUAGUUUUGGGUAUUGAUGUCCUCGUGGCCCAGCAAAGCUGCUGUCAAUUCUUCAGUCACUGUGAUGUGCGUUAGAGAAGUUACAAGCCGGAGGAGGAAGGCAGCCCACACAGCCUGGGUACUUUCAGAUCAGGCCAUUCACGUGACCCGUAUUAAUACGUGGCCACUUCCGAUGAUUCGGACCCCAAGCAGAUGCAGGUUCAACUGUCUUUCUGGUCGGCAAAUUAUAUUUAUUAGACCUUUAUUUUUAGCAUUUCCAUAAAAAUCCUAGGUUUUAAAUUACCUUAUUUUUAUGGAUCCUACUCAUCAAUUACAAAUAAGGUGUACGUUAGAACCUUGGGUUACAUUUUUUCCAGUUAAACCUGUGAACUUGGAAUAAAUAUGACUAUAUGUAGCUCUGUUUAUCAUGUUUCCUGUUUAAUUGGAUGAGAAUUACAUGCACUUAUUCCCUUGUUCUUUGUGUUUAUAGGAAAAACUCGGUUCUCGGCUACCUCAUUAUGUAGGGUUGUGCUUGAUCCCCUGCCAAUUUAGGAGAAUUCAACACAUUCUGUCCUUUAACAAAAGCCUGGAAGCAAGCAGCGGGCGGCCUUGAGGAAUACAAUUCUCUUAAGGCAUAUUUUCCAUUUUACUACUUUUUUUUUCUUGAAUAGGCACUUUUAAUCAGGAGGAACAAUCAUUCUCCUAGAGCUGCUGCAAAGUGAUUACUUGAAACUCAACUUGAACUUUAAAGAGUCUUUAAAAGACUGUGUUUUCAUAACGUAGAAAAGUAGUAUAUUUAAACAGCACUGCUGUGUAAAACCGAGGGCUUACUCCCCAUCCUGUUAGGAUCAGACAGGAGAAGGUGUCUAUGUGGACUCUGACCCGGCAUGUGGAGUUUAGAUGCUUGGGGCUACUGUGUUUCGUUGUCUACAAUGUGCUACUGUGAGCAGUUUAGGGAGCUAUUAAGUGUGUUUUCGUGAAUUUGUUUCCCAAGAAUCUUUACUUUUGAUAAAAAUAGAGGUUCAUUAGUAGAUUCCUCUUCUCUUUUGGUUCUGACAGUCUAGGGUUUUAAAAUGAAAUCUGAAAGUAUUUCCUAAGUACAGGGUUCAGGUUGACCAAACAACAUAGAAGUGCAUCAUACUUAAAAUGAGUGAUUGGAUUUGUUCUGAGCAUCAGCGGAACGUGCCUUCUCCAUGUGGCUUGGUCCUCGCCAGCAUCUGUCAGCUUCCCUAGUCGCUAAGGUAGGGGGAGCCGUGAGGCCCACCAAUUCCUCCAGUCAGUCAGACCUUCCCUUCCCAGAGUGGUUUCUCACGGGAAUUACCCAGCAUUCCCAGUGUGCAAAAGAGUUAUGCCCAUUCCUAAACACCUAGUGUACUGGGAAUAAUCUACGGACCAGGUAAAACCUAACAACGGAACUGUCACUGUGCGCUGCCGUGAUCUAGUUUUCCAACCUGUACUUUUUAGAGCGAAAGGCAGAGUUUCUCCCCACAUUACAGUACUACGUGGGGCUGGCAGCAGGCAUGAGACAUUUCCCUAAGUGGUUUCCAAGAGAACCAAGACGUACCGCCUUAGAGCCCCAACCUUGUUAUUUAUUUUGAGGAAAGCAUGUGUAAACACUUUGUGUACUUUACCAAGCAAACCUAGUCGCUACGAGCAUGCGCAGGCCAUGGUGCCGGGUGCAGAUGGCUUCAAAGACUAGCUCCGCAGGCUGUGACCUUCAGGAGCCCUAAAGCCCUAAAGCCCAGAUCCUUACCUGCAGACGUAGGAUAAACGUGGGUGUUUACCUCUUUGGGCUGCUGUGAAGAUCAGGGAUGUAAUGAAGGUGAGAACCCAGCACCCCCGUGCUUGAGCCGUAACUGCGGCCGCGGUGUUGGCUCACCUCAGCUUCGGGUCACUGAUUGUGAGCCCCGGGGGUGGGGGGAUGACAGUGUCCUCGCUGCGUGUCCUGGCCUUCGUGCUUCCCCAUUGGAAUGUCGGCUGCAACAGGGUCUAUAAGUAAAUGGAUGUUUGUGUUGAUAAAAUGAUUUACUUUCUGGACCCAUGCCACUGCUUUUCUGCUGCUCUAAUAUUUGAAUUCAGGAUGAUUCUGUAGAGCUGAACCAUCUCCUAAUACGUGCUUGGAAUAUUUAGAGUUGUUUUAAAUAACCCUCAUUCAAAAUUUGCCUAAUGAAGCCCUCUAAUAAUACUUAAAACUCUUUACCAAAGUUGAAUCUUUCUUUUUCCCCUAAGAUGUCACAAGUAGCAACCUAUACUGGUCGAAUAAACUGGAAGAUAUUUUAGAUCUCUGUUUGAGAUCGGUAUACCUGUUCUCUUUUAACUUGGAUGCUAUGUGAAACUUAAGCAAACAAAAUUUGUGUUACAAGUAUGUGUGUAUGUGUAGAACUUUUGCACCUUCAAAUAAAGUAGGGUUAUUUAAGAAAAUGUUACCGAAAGUGAGCUCCUGAACCCUUCCAUACGGUCACUUCCUCUCCAGUUCCCGCCCUGGGACCAGCAGAUGGGGCAGCAUGAAAGGCAUUCUAUAAAGUCAUGCUCGCUGUCUCUGUGAAUGAGAAAAGAAAGGAGAAAUGGGGUUGACGGGGCUGAGAAGUGGACGGAACAGCCGUGCCAGAUAGCGCUGCCCAGGACGGCCGCAGGUGCCGUGGCUGUGGCCAUUUGUAAGGCUUUUCUUAGUGGCGUGUAUAAAAAUUUAGAAGGCCGAGAAAAGUGCUGGGAGGGAUUAAGUGGUGGUUGUGAGGGUCCACAGCACUAUGACAAUAUGAUCAAUGGCUAAAUAGAGAGUCUUGUAUCCAGGUUCAGAAAAGAUAGUUCCUAAAUGAAAAAGAAAGAAAAAAGGUGUGGGGCGGGGAAUCACUGAUAAUUUGAACAUAAGCCGACUGUUUAAAAACAAGAAUACGGGCGCCUGGCUGGCUCGGUUGGCAGAGCAUGUGGCUCUUGAUGUCAGGGUCGUGAGUUCAAGCCGCAUGUUGGGCGUAGAACAUACUUUUAAAAAUAAAUUAAAAGAAAAAAAAAAAAAAAGAAUAGUGUUUGGGUGUGGGACUGGUAGCCAGAAAAGAAAGUCUCUUUCUGCCAUUUCGUCCUCCAACUGCACUGAUGGGCCCCAGACCCCCAGCAUUUAGCUGCCAGUUCCAGGUGCCACCAUUGGAGAGUCCUAAGGCUCUGGCCUGUGGGGAUGUCUUUAGAACCAGCAGGUGUGUGUGGCUUAGGCCAACAGCAGACAUUGAGACAGAGUGGCCUCAUGGUAAGAUGGGGACCCUCUGUGGCCCUGAGCACUUGUCUCUGAACACGUUCCGUAGGAGAGUCCUUGCAGCACGACCGCAUCAGUGAAAGAGUUCUUGCUUUGUGGCAGGAUACUGGUCACCAUCUCCAAAGCUCCUUGCAGGCGAACAGUUUAGUUAAAAAGGGGGGGGGGUUGUACUUCUACACUGACUUUGAGGAGAGCAGUCUUUGUUCCUUUCAACCUGUGCUCCCUCCUUUCCUCCCUGUCCACCUCCUGUCCGUGGCCUCCUGUCCGUGGCCUCCUCACUGUGGCCUCCGGCCAACAGCCACGGCCUUCUUCAGCAGAACUUUCAGAAAUAGGCACAGUUCUAGAGAUUUCCGUAAAACCGUAUUGUCAACUAGAACAGCGAUUCUUGCUUUUUAUCUACUUUUUGCUUGAAAUCUGUCAGUACCUCUGCAGAUGUAAGAAAGCUGAUAAGUAAAAAUUGCAUUCUUUCAAGCAGGACCUAGAUGACUGAGGCCAGGGAUGCUCUUGAGGGGGCUCGUGUGCUGGGCGGGUUGGGCUAGUCGGCCUCCUCGGGCCCCUUCCAGCUCGAUGGAGUCUUGUCCUUUGAGAAGAGUUUCCAAGGGAUCUGAUUCCUCUCAUGGUUUUGCUUUCUCUCUUCUAUGAAGGCACAAGGCAGUCUUAGUCCUGGAGGGGAGGGAGGCCACCCCCGACUCAUGUCUCUUCUGGCCCCACUGGCCUUGGCAAGGAUCUGCCCCAAAACAGAGGAACCAGACAUCAGCCAGGGCAUGCACCCAAGUCCCCGGGAGGGAGUGGUCUGUGCUCUCCCAUUUCUUGGGUGCAUUUUCUCCCGAUUUUUCGAGUCGUCUUGGCUUAUAAUAAGCUCUCUUUGAACCAGUGUUGGCUUUCCUCCCCAUGUCCCGCCACGGCUGCCCAAAGACCCUGCUGGUGGAGUCUCCAGGAAACGGGGUCCCCCUCAGUUGGCACGUCCCUCUGCACCAGUUGAGGGACUUCAGUCAGGGUGAAAGAGGUUAUUUUGGUCUCGUUUCCAAGGGUCCUCUUACUUACACCCUCUGCUUGGCCUUCCUGCCCUACCCUCUGCUCCUCAUCCCACCCCUGUCCUAGCUGGGCUUUUAACGGCUUGUAAGGGAUGUAUCCCAAAGAGGGGGAUCAAAAGAAAAACAAAAAAACCUCUUCUUGUCCCCAGACCAUUAGCCUAAAAUUAUUUAUUGAAAAGGCAUUCUUCUGGGAGCUCCUGGCCCAGCCUUUGUGACUCGCACUUCCCACAGCCAGCUGGCCCUGGCUGAAGAGAGCCAGACCUGUGCCCCGGGCCCCAGGGGGGUUCCAGAGUCCACGCUGCCCGGCUCCUCCUGAGACACGGCCCGCUGCAGAGCGGAGGCUCCCGAGGCCGCUGUAGACUAGAGCAGUGUCCCUGGCGCCCGGCGCGGCCGCCUGCCCCACAGGCUCCCCUCUGAGCCACACGUACUACCUCAGCACCCAGCCGUGAGGCACUGUGCGGGCCCCACAUGGCAUGGUGAGGCCUGCUGGGGGGCUGGGGGGCUUGCCUGCACCCCGGCCGCCCGCACACCCGCCGCACGGCUCGUCCCCUGGGCUCAUCAGAGCACAGCAAGACCACAGCAGGCUCCUUUUCUCUUCAUUAGCUCGGACUUAAAAACACGCCGCUCAAAUUGUGAGUAGAAUCGGAAAUUAGACUUGCUCAUUUACAAUCAGAGAGAGACCAUCUUUUCAUAUUUUUUUUUCAAAAGGGAUUUUUUUGCUUCAGAAGAAACUCCAGAAAAUACGUGUAUUACUAUUAAUCUAGCAUGUGGUUCCUGAAUUUGACUCUUAAUGCUUUGUAAAAAAUUAUGCAGGAUCUGGUACAUGGAGCAAAAGUGUGUCAUGAGCUUAAAAGCAAACCAAUGUACGUGGGUUCACAGCAUCUUUUCCCCUCCGUGGGACCUCAGAAUUCAGGUUCUCCAUGAAAACAGCCAAAUUCCACGGGGCAGAUAAUUUUAUGGUGGGAGAUGUAUCAAGUGGCCUUUAGUGGAGAAAAGCACAGACUAUUUAGCAACACUUGCUUAAUGAAACCAUCAGUGGCUUUUUCUGCUGAUGGGAUUCUUUUCCUUUUGACUCAUUUGUCACAUAGCUUUUGUUUGGUUCCUCACUUCUGCACCCCUCCCUGUUGCCAGGGACACAGCGAUACCUGUUUUGCUUCGAAUCUUACCAUUUGUGAAUUCUGACAACCGAACAGCAGGAAUCAUGGCCUCGGCAGAAAUGUCGAGAGCUCACGGCAGCCUGCCGUGUGUGAGUGUGCCUCUGCAGAACUGGGGUGGUCCACGCCUUUAACAGAAGCCGCUCCCCGCUCCUACCCCCUCCGCUCCCAUCCUCCUUAGAAACCAUAGUAAAGAAGCACGUUAGGCAGGCUCGGGCAGACUUCAUGUUAUCACUGUAUGUCCCCGGUAAUGGAGAUGCUUGUAUCUCUGUGAAUGAGACCCAUCCAUAACUCGUGAUGCACCUGUGGAUUCACUUGGUUUGUAUCACUAAUGCAGAUCUCCUGCUAGAAGAAAACGAUCAAAGGAAUUCCUUAAAAUUCCUUAAAACGGCCAGCGAUGCCCCUGUUGGCCCGUGACCUCUGUGGUACCAGGUGUAAAUGCAUGACAUUGUCAAGAACUGGUUUUUAGCACGCUCUUGAUUUGCCAUUUUGAUGAUUUUCGUGCCAUAAGGAAAAUUGCACAAAUACCAAGUUCAGAAGACACCGUAUCAGAAUUCAUCUGGUUAAACAGCAGUCUUUGUUUAAUUAACAUAUUUAUGUUUUCUGACAUGGCACAUACAGAAUCGUUUUAGUUUAAACCCUGCAGCUUUUAUUAUCUGAUAAGAUUCCAAGCGGAGCAGUCUGCUCAGAUGUGUGUACAGUUGAGGUUGUACUGUGUGUGAUAGGUAUCCUGAUCUUUCAGGAAGCACCUCCUGCUUUAAAAAAAAAGAAAAAAAAAAAGAAAACCAGAGAUUUGCAGUGAAAUACACAGAAGCUAAAGGAAAGACAUUGUACGGACAGUUGGAAAUACUUGUGUUACCAGGAAACUGCAGCUUGUAGAAUUGUACUCUUCAAACUCAAUAGGACAGUAGAGAAAUUGUGCUGACUUGAUUUUGCUGAAAUGUCAUGUCUCAAACAUCCUGUGGUCCAAAUGUAUUCGUUUGUUCUUUGGAGUAACUUUCUCUUCCUUUGCUGGUAUGAAAUUUAGCAAAGUGGAAGUAACUUUGAAUUAGUAACGUUUCUUACAGAGUUGCUUGAUGGUUUACAAGAUGCAAAAAGGGUAUGUUCCCUUUGUCCAAUCCAGUAGCACGCACUUUGUUCACCUGCUUCAGUGUGUUGUGGGGUAACUGUGGGUCGAUCCCUCGCUGCGAGCGCGGGACUUGUGCUUGGGGAACACCUGCAAUCGUGCUGUUCUCUUGUACCGAGGAUCAGUGAAAGUGUUUUAUCUUUUUUAUGUAGUUUGUAUUGACUGGAUUUUAUAACUGUAAGAAAACAGAAACAGAGUGUUGUAUUUUGAUCUGAAAUUUGUCUAUGGUAAAGUAAUUUUGUUUUAUGUAUUGGAAGUUCAUUUAAAACUUGAAAUAUUUUCUAGAAGGGUACCGAACAAAAUGAAUUGUCUUUAAGCUGUUUAAUUAACCUAAUAAAACAAUUUGAUGGG